AAAAGGGAUUUGUGGCUGAAGCAGUCACUUUGUGUGUGAAGUCAAUGGUUAGAGGUUAGAGAUUAGAUUUCACCAUCAAUAUGGAGCCAGAGAAAAUAUUCUACAUAAUUUUACUUGCUGCAAAUUUAGGUUUCACAAAUCAGUCAUCAACAAAUAUGACAACGACAGCAAUACAAAAUGUCACUGAAAUGACAACUCAACUAUCAACAUUCAAUGCGGCAACAGACUCUGCAAGUACGACAGCAGUUCUCUCAUCAUCCACACAUGGAGAAAGCAGUUCUUCAGCAAGUUGGUCCACAAUGGUAUCCAGCACAACGUCGGUUACAACAACACACAGUGCAUCAAGUGUGUCAGCUACAACAUCAGCAGAACCAACACUCAGUGUAUCCAAUGUGUCUACGGCAACAUCAGCAGCACCAACACCCAGUGCAUCCAGUGAGUCCGCUACAACAUCAGAAAUACAAACACCCAGUACAUCCAGUGAAUCUACUGCAACAUCAGAAGCAUCAACACCCAGUGCAUCUAGUGAGUCUGCCACAACAUCAGAAGCACCAACACCCAGUGCAUCCAGUGAGUCUGCUCCCAUAUCAGAAACACCAACACCCAGUGCAUCCAGUGAGUCUGCUACAACAUCAGAUGCACCAACACCCAGUUCAUCCAGUGAGUCUGCUACAACAUCAGAAGCACUAACACCCAAUGCAUCCAGUGAGUCUGGUACAACAUCAGAAGCACUGACACCCAGUGUAUCCAGUGAGUCUGCUACAACAUCAGAAACACCAACACCCAGUGCAUCCAGUGAAGCUGCUACAUCAGAAGCACCAACAUCCAGUGCAUCGAGUGAGUCUGCUACAACAUCAGAAGCACCAACACCCAGUGCAUCCAGUGAGUCUGCUACCACAUCAGAAGCACCAACACCCAGUGCAUCCAGUGAAUCUGCUACAACAUCAGAAGCACCAACACCCAGUGCAUCCAGCGAUUCUGCUACAACAUCAGAAACACCAACACCCAGUGCAUCGAGUGAGACUGCUACAACAUCAGAAGCACCAACACCCAGUGCAUCUAGUGACUCUGCCACAACAUCAGAAGCACCAACAUCCAGUGAGUCUGCCACAACAUCAGAAGCACUGACACCCAGUGUAUCCAGUGAGUCUGCUUCAACAUCAGAAGCACCAACAGCCAGUGCAUCCAGUGAGUCUACUGCAACAUCAGAAGCACCAACACCCAGUGAAUCCAGUGCGUCUGCUACAUCAGAAGCACCAACACCCAGUGAAUCCAGUGAGUCUGCUGCAACAUCAGAAACACCAACACCCAGUGCAUCCAGUGAAUCUGCUACAACAUCAGAAGCACCAACACCCAGUGCAUCCAGUGAAACUGCUACAACAUCAGAAGCACCAACACCCAGUGCAUCGAGUGAGUCUGCUACAGCAUCAGAAGCACCAACACCCAGUGCAUCCAGUGAAUCUGCUACAGCAUCAGAAGCACCAACACCCAGUGCAUCCAGCGAUUCUGCUGCAACAUCAGAAGCACCAACACCCAGUGCAUCGAGUGAGUCUGCCACAACAUCAGAAGCACCAGCAUCCAGUGCAUCGAGUGAGUCUGCUGCAACAUCAGAAGCACCAACACCCAGUGCAUCGAGUGAGUCUGCCAUAACAUCAGAAGCACCAACAUCCAGUGAGUCUGCCACAACAUCAGAAGCACUGACACCCAGUGUAUCCAGUGAGUCUGCUUCAACAUCAGAAGCACCAACAGCCAGUGCAUCCAGUGAGUCUACUGCAACAUCAGAAGCACCAACACCCAGUGAAUCCAGUGCGUCUGCUACAUCAGAAGCAACAACAUCCAGUGCAUCCAGUGAGUAUACUGGAACAUCAGAAGCACCAACUCCCAGUGCAUCGAGUGAGUCUGCUACAACAUCAGAAACACCAACACCCAGUGCAUCCAGUGAAUCUGCUACAACAUCAGAAGCACCAACACCCAGUGCAUCCAGUGAAUCUGCUACAACAUCAGAAGCACCAACACCCAGUGCAUCGAGUGAGUCUGCCAUAACAUCAGAAGCACCAACACCCAGUGCAUCCAGUGGAUCUGCUACAUCAGAAGCACCAACACCCAGUGCAUCCAGUGAGUCUGCUACAUCAGAAGCACCAACACCCAGUGCAUCGAGUGAGUCUGCUACAUCAGAAGCACCAACACCCAGUGCAUCGAGUGAGUCAGCUACAACAUCAGAAACACCAACACCCAGUGCAUCCAGUGAGUCAGCUACAACAUCAGAAACACUAACACCCAGUGCAUCCAGUGGGUCUGCCACAACAUCAGAAGCACCAAUACCCAGUGCAUCGAGUGAGUCUGCGACAACAUCAGCAGCACCAACACCCAGUGCAUUCAGUGAGUCUGCCACAUCAGAAGCAUCAACACCCAGUGCAUCCAGUGAGUCUGCUACAUCGGAAGCACCAACACCCAGUGCACCCAGUGAGUCUGCGACAACAUCAGAAGCACCAACACCCAGUGCAUCCAGUGAGUCUGCUACAUCAGAAGCACCAACACCCAGUGCAUCCAGUGAGUCUGCUACAACAUUAGAAGCACCAACACCCAGUGCAUCCAGUGAGUCUGGUACAACAUCAGAAGCACUGACACCCAGUGUAUCCAGUGAGUCUACUGCAACAUCAGAAGCAACAACACCCAGUGAAUCCAGUGAGUCUGCUACAUCAGAAGCAUCAACACCCAGUGCAUCCAGUGAGUCUACUGGAACAUCAGAAACACCAACACCCAGUGCAUCCAGUGAGUCUGCUACCACAUCAGAAACACCAACACCCAGUGCAUCGAGUGAGUCUGCCACAACAUCAGAAGCACCAACACCCAGUGCAUCCAGUGAAUCUGCUACAACAUCAGAGGCACCAACACCCAGUGCUUCCAGUGAAUCUGCUACAUCAGAAGCACCAACACCCAGUGCAUCCAGCGAUUCUGCGACAACAUCAGAAACACCAACACCCAGUGCAUCGAGUGAAUCUGCUACAACAUCAGAAGCACCAACACCCAGUGCAUCCAGUGAAUCUGCUACAACAUCAGAAGCACCAACACCCAGUGCAUCCAGCGAUUCUGCUACAACAUCAGAAACACCAACACCCAGUGCAUCGAGUGAGUCUGCUACAACAUCAGAAGCACCAACACCCAGUGCAUCGAGUGAGUCUGCUACCACAUCAGAAGCACCAACACCCAGUGCAUCCAGUGAUUCUGCUGCAACAUCAGAAGCACCAACACCCAGUGCAUCCAGUGAGUCUGCCACAACAUCAGAAGCACCAACACCCAGUGCAUCCAGUGAGUCUGCUACAACAUCAGAAACACCAACACCCAGUGCAUCCAGUGAAGCUGCUACAUCAGAAGCACCAACACCCAGUGCAUCCAGUGGGUCUGCCACAACAUCAGCAGCAACAACACCCAGUGCAUUCAGUGAGUCUGCUACAACAUCAGAAGCACCAACACCCAGUGCAUCCAGUGGGUCUGCCACAACAUCAGAAGCACCAACACGCAGUGCAUCCAGUGAAUCUGCUACAACAUCAGAAGCACCAACACCCAGUGCAUCCAGUGAGUCAGCUACAACAUCAGAAGCACCAACACCCAGUGCAUCCAGUGAGUAUGCUGCAACAUCAGAAGCACCAACACCCAGUGCAUCGAGUGAGUCUGCUACAACAUCAGAAGCACCAACACCCAGUGCAUCCAGUGAGUCUGCUACAACAUCAGAAGCACCAACACCCAGUGCAUCGAGUGAGUCUGCUACAACAUCAGAAGCACCAACACCCAGUGCAUCGAGUCAGUCUGCUACAACAUCAGAAGCACCAACACCCAGUGCAUCCAGUGAGUCUGCUACAACAUCAGAAGCACCAACACCCAAUGCAUCGAGUCAGACAGCUACAACAUCAGAAGCACUAACACCCAGUGCAUCCAGUGAGUCUGCUACAACAUCAGAAGCACUAACACCCAGUGCAUCCAGUGAGUCUGCUACAUCAGAAGCACCAACACCCAGUGCAUCCAGUGAAUCUGCUACAUCAGAAGCAACAACACCCAGUGCAUCCAGUGAGUCUGCUACAUCAGAAGCACCAACAACCAUUGCAUCGAGUGAGUCUGCUUCAUCAGAAGCACCAACUCCCAGUGCAUCGAGUGAGUCUGCUACAACAUUAGAAGCAUCAACACCCAGUGCAUCCAGUGAGUCUGCUACAUCAGAAGCACCAACACCCAGUGCAUCCAGUGAGUCUGCUACAUCAGAAGCACCAACAGCCAGUGCACUGACUGAGUCUGCUACAACAUCAGAAGCUCCAACACCCAGUGCAUCCAGUGAGUCUGUCACAACAUCAGAAGCACCAACACCCAGUGCAUCCAGUGAAUCUGCUACAACAUCAGAAGCACCACCACCCAGUGCAUCCAGCGAUUCUGCUACAACAUCAGUAACACCAACACCCAGUGCAUCGAGUGAGUCUGCUACCACAUCAGAAGCACCAUCACCCAGUGCUUCCAGUGAAUCUGCUACAUCAGAAGCGCCAACACCCAGUGCAUCGAGUGAAUCUGCUACAGCAUCAGAAGCACCAACACCCAGUGCAUCCAGCGAUUCUGCUACAACAUCAGAAACACCAACAUCCAGUGCAUCGAGUGAGUCUGCUGCAACAUCAGAAGCACCAACACCCAGUGCAUCCAGUGAGUCUGCCAUAACAUCAGAAGCACCAACACCCAGUGCAUCCAGUGAGUCUGCCACAACAUCAGAAGCACCAACACCCAGUGCAUCCAGUGAGUCUGCUACAACAUCAGAAGCACCAACAGCCAGUGCAUCGACUGAGUCUGCCACAACAUCAGAAGCACCAACACCCAGUGCAUCGAGUGAGUCUGUCACAACAUCAGAAGCACCUACACCCAGUGCAUCCAGUGGGUCUGACACAACAUCAGAAGCACCAACACCCAGUGCAUCCAGUGGGUCUGACACAACAUCAGAAGCACCAACACCCAGUGCAUCCAGUGAGUCUGCUGCAACAUCAGAAGCACCAACACCCAGUGCAUCGAGUGAGUCUGCUACAACAUCAGAAGCACCAACACCCAGUGCAUCCAGUGAGUCUGCUAGCACAUCAGAAACACCAACACCCAGUGCAUCGAGUGAGUCUGCUACAACAUCAGAAGCACCAACACCCAGUGCGUCCAGUGAGUCUGCUACAUCAGAAGCACCAACACCCAGUGCACCCAGUGAGUCUGCGACAACAUCAGCAGUACCAACACUCAGUGCAUCCAGUGAGUCUGCUACAACAGAAGCACCAACACCCAGUGCAUCGAGUGAGUCUCCUACAACAUCAGAAGCACCAACACCCAGUGCAUCCAGUGAGUCUGCUACAUCAGAAGCACCAACACCCAGUGCAUCCAGUGGAUCUGCUACAUCAGAAGCACCAACACCCAAUGCAUCCAGUGAGUCUGCUACAUCAGAAGCACCAACACCCAGUGCAUCCAGUGGGUCUGACACAACAUCAGAAGCACCAACACCCAGUGCAUCCAGUGAGUCUGCCACAACAUCUGAAACACCAACACCCAGUGCAUCCAAUGAGUCUGCUACAACAUCAGAAACACCAACACCCAGUGCAUCGAGUGAGUCUGUUACAACAUCAGAAGCACCAACACCCAAUGCAUCGAGUGAGUCUGCUACCACAUCAGAAACACCAACACCCAGUGCAUCCAGUGGGUCUGUUACAACAUCAGAAGCACCAACACCCAGUGCAUCGAGUGAGUCUGUUACAACAUCAGAAGCACCAACACCCAAUGCAUCGAGUGAGUCUGCUACCACAUCAGAAGUACCAACACCUAGUGCAUCCAGUAAGUCUGCUACAACAUCAGUCGCACCAAUUCCCAAUGCCUCCAGUGCGUCUGCUACAACAUCAGAAGCGCCAACACCCAGUGCAUCCAGUGAGUCUGCUACAACAUCAGUAGCACCAACACCCAGUGCAUCGAGUGAGUCUGUCACAACAUCAGAAGCACCAACACCCAGUGCAUCCAAUGAGUCUGCUACAACAUCAGAAGCUCCAACAGCCAGUGCAUCCAGUGAGUCUGUCACAACAUCAGAAGCACCAACACCCAGUGCAUCCAGUGAGUCUGUCACAACAUCAGAAGCACCAACACCCAGUGCAUCCAGUGAUUCUGCUACCACACCAGAAAUACCAACACCCAGUGCAUCGAGUGAGUCUGCCACAACAUCAGCAGCACCAACACCCAGUGCAUCGAGUGAGUCUUCUACAACAUCAGAAGCACCAACACCCAGUGCAUCCAGUGAAUCUGCUACAUCAGAAGCACCAACACCCAGUGCAUCCAGUGAGUCUGCUACAUCAGAAGCAGCAACAUCCAGUGCAUCGAGUGAGUCUGCUACAACAUCAGAAGCACCAACACGCAGUGCAUCCAGUGAAUCUACUACCACAUCAGCAGCACCAACAGCCAGUGCAUCGAGUGAGUCUACUGCAACAUCAGAAACACCAACACCCAGUGCAUCCAGUGAGUCUGCUACAACAUCCAAAGCACCGACACCCAGUGCAUCCAGUGUGCCUGUGACAUCAGAAGCACCAUCACCCAGUGCAUUGAGUGUAGCCAGUACAUCAGCUGCACCAACACCCAGUGCAUCGAGUGUAUCCAGUACAUCAGCUGCACCAACACCCAGUGUUUCCAGUGUAUCCAGUACAUCAGCUGCACCAACACCCAGUGUAUCCAGUGUAUCUAGUACAUCAGCUGCACCAACACUCAGUGCAUCGGGUGUAUCCAGUCCAUCAGCUGCACCAACCCCCAGUGCAUCGAGUGUAUCCAGUACAUCAGCUGCACCAACACCCAGUGCAUCGAGUGUAUCCAGUACAUCAGCUGCACCAACAGCCAGUGUAUCCAGUAUAUCGAGUACAUCAACUGCACAAACAGCCAGUGCAUCCAGUGCAUCGGGUGUAUCCAGCACAUCAGCUGCACCAACCCCCAGUGCAUCCAAUGUAUCCAGUACAUCAGCUGCAUCAACACCCAGUGCAUUAAGUGUGUCCAGUACAUCAGCUGCACUGACACCCAGUGUAUCCAGUGUAUCCAGUACAUCCGCUGCACCAACACCCAGUGCAUUAAAUGUGUCCAGUACAUCAGCUGCACCAACACCCAGUGCAUUAAGUGUGUCCAGUACAUCAGCUGCACCAACACCCAGUGUUUCCAGUAUAUCCAGUACAUCCGCUGCACCAACACCCAGUGCAUCCAAUGUAUCCAGUACAUCAGCUGCACCAACACCCAGUGCAUUAAGUGUGUCCAGUACAUCAGCUGCACUGACACCCAGUGUAUCCAAUGUAUCCAGUAUAUCCGCUGCACCAACACCCAGUGCAUCCAAUGUAUCCAGUACAUCAGCUGCACCAACACCCAGUGCAUUAAAUGUGUCCAGUACAUCAGCUGCACCAACACCCAGUGCAUCGAGUAUAUCCAGUACAUCAGCUGCACCAACACCCAGUGUAUCCAGUGUAUCCAGUACAUCCGCUGCACCAACACCCAGUGCAUCCAAUGUAUCCAGUACAUCAGCUGCACCAACACCCAGUGCAUUAAGUGUGUCCAGUGCAUCCGCUGCACCAACACCCAGUGCAUCCAAUGUAUCCAGUACAUCAGCUGCACCAACACCCAGUGCAUUAAGUGUGUCCAGUACAUCAGCUGCACCAACACCCAGUGUAUCCAGUGUAUCCAGUACAUCCACUGCACCAACACCCAGUGCAUCCAAUGUAUCCAGUACAUCAGCUGCACCAACACCAAGUGCAUCGAGUGUAUCUGCUCCUUCUUCAGCUGUUGGAAUUCAUACUUCAAACGUGACCAGUAGUAUAUCUGCUACACCACCAAUCAGUACGUCAAGUGUGUCCCGUUCUCCAUUACCUACACCUACCUUUGCUACAUCAAGUGUGUCAAAAGCUGUAUCAUCCACAUCUUCAUCUGGAACUUCAGACCAGUCAACCACCGAUUUCCAGGUGUCCACCUCUAACCCAUCAAGUGUUUCAGGUUCAUUGUCUUCAUCUGCAACUUCAUCUACUCUUAUUAAUCCAUCGUCCACUGAAUCACCAACUGCUUCCUCUGGUAUCUCAAAUCUGUCGAUGUCUACAUCGGUUGGAGCCAUUUCUAAAACACCACAUGCAACAAUUUCUACUCCAGCUGCAGUUACAUCUGGUGUAUCAGAUUCCACUGCAUCCACUGACAGUGCCUCAGGAGGAGUCAUAUUCAGCACCACUUCCUCAUCAACUAACAUCGUUUCAACAAUUACUUCUCAAGCAUCUGGCAGUACCACCAUCUCUUUCAAUCCAACCAGCAGCGUUGGUGCAACAUCAAACCCAGCCAGCAGUGACAGGUCUACCAGCAUUGCUCCCUCCAACACGACCCUCCCAACUACCAGCACUUUACCGGCUAUCAUUAGUUCUGAUGGCACAACAAUAACCUCCAAUUCCAGCACCAUCAGUCUGAUUGCUACCACCACCACAUCCAGCUCUGUUAUCACAGCUCCAACAACCUCGAUGACUGUUACCACCACAACACCCACCACUCCCACGACAGCAGCAACCACCACCAGUACCAUCACAACUAUCAGUGCUGCCAACAGCUCUCCCACCACGUCUCCAACAACCUCGACUACUGUUACCACCACACACCCCACAACAACAACUGCUACCAGUACCAAUGUGACCACUGCGCUCUGUGAGCCAUUGAACUUCAUUCGUAUUAAUUUGAUAUCCGUUCAAAGUGAAACAAUUUCCAUUACCUGGGACACAAACAAUGUCGUGAAGCAGCUGACAUUUUCUGUCACACUUACUGCAGUACAGUUAAAUAUUAAUGGGAAGAGUAAGGAAACUGAGGAAAAAGAAGCCGAAUUCAAUGACCUCCAGCCUGACAUUGAAUAUCACAUCACAAUCCAAACAACAACGUGUGGUCAGCUGCAGUCUAUCACACGCAGAGUCAGGACAAUUGCCAUUGUGCUGGAAGUGUCAACGAGAAUUACAAAUGUGCAAUUUGAACAAGAUCUUGAAGACAAACAAAGCAAGAAGUUCAAAGACUUUGAAAGGAAUUUCACUGCUGAUCUGGUGCGUGGAUUCAAUGAACAUUUCAAGGAAUUAUACAGAAGAGGAAGCCUUAGAAUUAAAAUUAAUUCCAUUAGGAAUGGGAGUGUACUUGUGGAUUUUGAGGUUGCAGUGUCAACAAAUGUGACUGCCCCUACAGCUACAGUUUCAGAUGUGCUCACUAAAUCUUUAAAUACCAGCGAAAUGUUCAACGUGGACCUUCAAAAUACAAGCAUCGUAGAAAGGGACAGCUGCCAGCCAGGGUUGAAUGACUGUUCAGCUAAUGGAACAUGUAUUAGACUGAACGCAACUUACACUUGUCAGUGCAAUGCUGGAUUCAGCGACACAAGCCCCAAUACACCAGGAAGGAUCUGUGAAGACAUUAACGAGUGUCAGACUGGGAACCGAACAUGCUCUGAUUUAGCUGUCUGCACAAACACCCCAGGAAAUUUCACGUGUGGCUGCUUUCAGGGCAUUUUAGAUUCCAAACCAUCAAACCCGGGCACACAGUGCAAAGAUCCGAAUGACUGCUUCACCAAUGAAGAUCCCUGUGCUGUGUUUCAAUGUUUGACAAAUAAUAGCUGUCCCUCCAGGAGAAUGUUCAAGACAAUCAUUACAUUAAAGUCCAAGACAUUCACCAAUGACCUAAGAAAUCCAGGAAGUGAAGCCUACAGUAGUUUAUCAUCUGAAAUUAGAAAUGCAGUUGUAUCACCUGUACAAACUACAUUGCAGGAUAACACGUUUAAUAUCACCAUCUUUGGUUUUCAAAAUGGCAGCGUGGUGGCGAAUAUCCUGUCUUCCUUAAAUAAUGCUUCAAUCACAGCUGCUACCCUGCAAAUGGCCAUUGCGAGUGCAGUCCGAACAAUUGAUCCCCAAGCUUCUGUCAAUGUCAUAGGAACUCCGCAAGUAACGACUCUGGCUCCCACUAUGUCUCAGACGGUGUCCACUUUGCAGACUCCAGCGGAUAACUCUGGAUUCAAAGUGGCUGUGAUAGUGUUGGGAGUCAUCCUCGGUGUGGCUCUGCUGCUAAUCGUGACAAUAACACUGGCAAUGGUUUGCAUGAAGAGAAAAUCUGGACAAUACCUUAUAAGUGGUUCAGAUAUGCUCCAGAGGUUCAACUAUACAAACAUGUAGUGCAUCACAUCAAACCCCCAGUGGACAAAUCAUUUUCUCAGAGGUUAUACAGUUUUGGGAACAAAUCUUCUGCAAUAUCAAAAAUGCAGGGAAUAGAAACAUUAUUGGCAAGAAAUGUAGUAUAAUCAUUAAUGGAGAAUAAUGAUAGGUUCUUGUCUCUCAUUCAUUUUGAUAUAUUUAUUUCUAAACAGAUUGGGAGACUGUAUCAGAUUUUAUUCAUGUUAUUAUUUAAUGGAAAUAGGGGAGUGGGUGGAAUCCCAACUGACUUCACAGAUUAGGAAAUUAGACACCCUCAAGCUAUAAUGCUCUAUCCAUUAAAAUUUGUAAUGGACAGGAGCUCUGUGCAACCUUUGAAAGAAUUAUAUUGUACUAUUUAGUUCCUCUUUGCACACUAGACAUUCAAGUGCACAGGACAAAGUUUCAUAAUUACAAAGCUUACUGUUGACAGUAACUGCAGAUAUCUGAAAGUCAUAAGAAAGAUUUUAGCACUUGACUCAUAAUAUAUCCUUGUAUUAUAUUUCCAACUGUUUCAAAAUAUUUGAAGGGAGAUUUUAAACCUGAUGUGACCAAAGGAACAGGUUAUGGAAAUUGUGCUGGGAGGGUGUUCUCUUGCAUUAAGCUUGUCAUCUGUCAUUCUUUUACUGUUGGAGCACUGAUAGUUUUCCAGAAUUUUCUAACUCCGAGGGACUGUGUGGUGCAGAAGGGGUAAAUGGGGUGAUAACUGCUAAUUCCAGCAGGUGUACCCAAUUUACAUAGCUGUGUGUGCCAUUGUACCUCAUGCAGUGCUCAAAGUUAGCAUUGUGCCAAGGUUGCAGGGUGAGGUACAUAAAAUGGACUGAAGCAUCUUGAGUCUACAAAAUGCUUAAAUUCUCAGGUGUAGUCAAGGUUUGCCAAAUGUUUUGUAAUGUUAUGAUUUUUGAUGAUUAUGCCAGAAGCAAUUCUUGCCAGGAGAAUGAUCAACUUCAAGAUUUGACUACUUCUAUGUGCCGGUUGAAUACAAAGGUCACAUUGGAUGCUUUGGCCUGUGUUUCUUGCACUGUUUCUGAAAAGAAAAUCCUGUGUAUUUUUAAAAUAAAAGAUUGUGAAAAUGUACUGCACUUUAAAACAUUUUGGAGACAAUGUUUCCUCAGGCCACUAUAGGCAGAAGUGUAACUGGCAAGGUUGUGGAGAAUUAAAAUUGACAGGUUGGGAAGAUUUUAAGAAUAUGAGCCCACCGAGCUGCUUCCCUCCCCAUGUGAAAGGCUUGUGUUCUUCAACUUAAUUGCCAGAGUUUGCCCUCACUAAUUUCCAGGUCUUUGGAAAUUAUCUCACUGACCUUGGACUUUACUCAUCUUCAGCUGCACUUGCCUGCUGUCAGCCUCCACAGCAGCACGGCAGCAACUUCUGUAAAUUGAGCUUGAACCUCUGAUGAGCAAUAGGAGAAGCACCAGCAGCAAAGUAGUCAAAGUGCCUUUAAAUAGAAAUCCUUUUGUUUCAGGGCUGUGUGUCCUCAUCAUGCCUGUGUGUUGCGAGUGUUCCACAAAGUGGGGAUACUCAUGUGCAGCUCAUUGCAAUGUUAGGUCAGCUCAUCAGUAGGCCCCAGACCACUCACAACCUCCCCCUACUGUCAAGUAAAAGCAGCAUUGUGAACUUCAAAUUGGUGUCAUGUUGAAUCACAGUGUCGAGCAAUAACCUAAUUACAGUGAGAGAACAUAGGGAAUCUCAAAUAUUUUCAUCUAUCUCACACUUCAGAAAAUGAUGCUUAAAUUUGGGAAAUAAGCUACACCCAGAUUGCCUUUUAAAUAAAAUGCCUUGCAAUCAUCAUUCUGCAAUAAUUAAAUGAUAAUGGAUUAUGAUCAACAUUACAUGAUCUAAUAGAUUAGGUUACAAUAAAUCAUGAUUUAAAAACAACUUUGUCAGUAUCCACAAGCAGCAAUAUAUAUAGACUAAUGGAGGAGAAUGAAGCCAUGCUCUUUAUUAAUAUUCUAUGCACUGUAAUUAUUUAUUCAAAUGUUGAAAUAAACUGAAUAUGUAUAACUUUUCUAUGUCUUUGAAAUUAUUACCAUGUCCUCUUCU